UUAAGGUGGGGCAGCUGGGUGCCCAGGAGCAAGAGAAUUCAACAGGGCAGAACCAGCAUAGUGGCCCCAGGUUCUGCACACAGGGACAGGGAGGCACACAGAGGGAGGUACUGGGCAGUUAAGGCUCCAGGAGGAGCCUAGGCACUGCUGAUCUGAGGUUCUGUGCUCUUGCCCAGGAUGAGCUCCACUUCCAGCAACCCUGAAGAUGGAGACACCACCGAGCAGUCUCAGCUGGGGCUGGACACCGUGAUCCAGAAGUUGGAGGACACCAUCCUGAGCCCCAUGGCCAGCAGGGAAGACCGGGCACUGACUGUACGUGGGGAAGGCCAGCGCGCCUUACCCACCCCUGUGCCAGCCCGCAUCCGAGAGAUUGUGUCAGGCAGCCUGGUGGAGGAACCACUCUCGGGACUGCGGGAGCUGCCAGCUACUACAACCCACACACAGGAGGAGAGUGAGCUCCUUCAAGAGGAGCUGGCCCGGUUGGAGGACCUGUUGGCUCAGGCAGAUGCUGAGAGGGAGGAACUGGCUAGCAGGUGUCAUAUGGUCAGCCAGAGGCUGCAGGCCCGCCUGGAUACCACUGAGGCCCGGCUUCGGAAGUCAGAGCUGGAGCAUAGCAUGGACUUGGAGGAGGCACUUAGCCGGCUGGAGGCCUCGCAGCAGAGGAGCAUGGGCCUCUCCCAAGUAAACAGCCUCCUGCGGGGACAGCUGGAGCACAUGCAGAAGGCCAAUGACACAUUGGCCAGGGAGCUGGCCAGGACAACACACAGCUUGCUCCGCCUGCAGGGCAAGCUGGAGCUGCGGGAGACCCAAAGGUUGGGCCUGAGAGAGUCUCGGGAUAUCCUCCCCCUGUGGAGACAAGCCAAGGCUCUGCAGACACACCUGGCUGAGCUUCGGGCUUCCACUGAGAGGGCUCUCACUGAUGUUCAGGCGGACAUGGCCCGGACGGCCCAACGCUUGCAUGUGGCCUGCCUGAGUCUCGACUCCCACCUGCAGCUCUCCGCCAGCAGCAAGACCAGUGACCUGGAGCAGAGGCUGAGGGAGCAGGCCAGGGAAAUGCUGCAGCUGCAGGGCCACUGGGCUGCUGAGAAGGUGGCGCUGCAAGCCAGACUUUCAGAGCAGACGCUGCUGGUAGAGAAGCUCUCUGAGCAGAAAGAAGAAGGGGAGAGAGCCAUCCUGACACUCAAGGCGGACAUCCAGAGACUGAAAUCCCGGCGCAGCGGGGGCCAGCUGGUGGCCGACGAACUGAGGGAUGAGCUGGAAGCACUGCACCGUGUCCUGGCCAGCAUCAAGGAGGUGGCCCAGUCAGAUGCAGUGUGUCCAGAGUGGACCAGGAGCAGCAGCAGUGAAGUCAGGGAGCUACAGGGCCAUCUGAGGAGCCCCCCACGUUCUCUGUCACCCCACUGGCCUUUGUCCCCAACACGGACCAGCUCUCCAGCCAGCCUGGACCCUGCACUGCAGGCCGUGAAGGCAGCCAUUGAGAGGCGUCAGCAGAGGGAGCAGGAGCUGCGUCUCAGGCUGGAGUCCUCCCAAGAGGAAGUAGCCAGGCUCCGGGAGCAGCUGUCUGGGUACCGGCAGGAGCUGCGGGCCUCACAACGGCUUCUGCAGGACAGGGCACGGGAGCAUGAGGAUCUCCUGGGCCAGCUGGAGGCCCAAAGGCAGGAGGCACAGCACAGCCAGGCAUCUAUCCAUCUCCUGGAAAGGGAGAAAGCAGCCCUGGAGUCAACCAUGAAGGAGGUAAGAGCGAAGGCAGACAUUCGGGAUGCGGAGACCCAGAAGCUGGAGGUCACAAAUGCAGAGCUGCGGAGAAGCCUCCUGCUGAGGGCAGAGCAGCAAACCGAGCUGGCCCAGAAGAGUGAGCGGAGUCUGCGUGAGCUGGAGGCCAGCCAGGGCCGCCUGGAACAGCUGGAGGAGAAGGUCUCUGGGUUCAGGAAGGAGCUGGCCACGGCCCGGGAGGCACUCAGCUCAAUGCAGCUGCAGAGGGACAUCGUGGAGGCUGAAAGGGAGAGCCUGCGUGGUGCCCUGGCCCGGGCUGAAUCUAGCAAUGCUGAUUUGGAGUUGCUGGUCUCACGGCUGAGGUCGGAGGGGACAGAGCAGCGGGACUCACUGGCCAAGAUGGCUGCCCUCAUGGAAGGGCUUUCCCAGGACAAAGGCACCCUAAACCAUCUGGUGCUUCAGCUGGAGCAGGAGAGGGACCAGCUUCGGGAGCAGCAGAAGUUGCUGGAGCAGGAGCAAGCCGGCGUCAGGGAGCAGCUGGCGCAGGCGGAGCAGCAGCUAGGCCUCAUUCAGGCUGAACGGAGAAGUCUCCAGGAGACUUGUGGGCACCUGGAGCAGAAGCAGGAACACCUAGAGGGCCAGGUGACCCUGCUUGGCAAGGAGAGUGCCCAGCUCCGGGAGCAGGUGGGCCAGGUCACGUGCAAGAAACAGGCCCUGGAGAAGCAGCUGGCACAGAGCCUGCGGGACCAGGAGACCCAGAUGGACAUCCUUCAGGAAGCUCUCCACGAGAAGAACACUCUGUCGGAGGAGCGGGCCCAACUACUGGCGAAGCAGGAAGCCCUGGAGAGACACAGGGAGCUUGUGACUAAGGAGGCGGCUGAUCUGAGGGCUGAGAGGGACUCUCUGGAGAACAGCCUCUUUGAGGCCCAACAGCUGACAACUCAGCUGCAGACCCAGCAGGAACAGCUAGAAGGGGAGGCCCAGGCUGCUCAGCUCGCUCGCAGGGCUUUGCAAGUGGAAAUGGAGCGGCUGAAAAGUGACUGGGAAGUCCGAGAGACGAAGCUGCAGUGGGAUCUGGGACAGCUGCGGCAGCAGGCCACACAGCAGGAGCAGGAGGCACAGCUGGCCUUGGAGCGCCAGGCGCUGGCCCACAGAGAGGACCUGGCCCGGCUGCAGAGGGAGAAGGAGACCCUCAGCUUAUCCCUGGCAGAGGAGAAAGAGGUGGCCGCCCAGUGGAUGGAACAGCAGAAAGAGCUGGUGACAAGAGGCACAGCCGAGAGGGAGGCUCUGGAGGGGGAAAUUCAGAGCCUGAAGCAGGAGCGGGACGAGAGCCUCCUCCAGCUGGAGCACGAGAUGCAGCAGGCAAUGUCUCUGAAGGAAGCAGAGAAGAGCCUGCUGAGCAAGGAGCUCUCUGGGGCUAACAAGGAGCUGGAACGGACCCGUCAAGAGGCCCAGAACCAGCAAGCGCAAGCUGAGGCCACCAUCACCACCAUGACCACAGAGCUGAGAACGCUCCAGGUCCAGUUUGAGGAGGCCAUCUCCACCCACCAGAGGGAAGCUGAAACUCUGAGAGAAAAGCUCCGGGAGAUAGCAGCGGAGCGGAGCAGUGUGAGGAGAGAGGCUGAGGGGCUGCAGGCACAGCUGAACGUGGCCCAUGAAAGGCUGGCUGAACUGCGCCAAGAGCUUCAGGACAGUGAGGAGAGUCAGGAGGGGCUUCGCAGGGAGGCCUUGGAGGCCCGCCGGGCACUGGACGAUGAGGCUCAAGAGAAGGAUGUGCUGCAACACUCCAACACCAAGCUGCGGGCCACCAUCCACAGGGCUGAGCAAGAGAAAGCCAGCUUCAAGCGGUCCAAGGAGGAGCAGGAGCAAAAGCUGCUGGUGCUUCAGGAGGCCCAAGCAGCAGCUCAGAAGGAAGCCUGUGAGCUGAGGGCCAGGCUGCAGGAGUUGGAAGGGGCACAGGGGGAUACCCGCCGGAAGCUCCAGGAGCGCCACAGACAGGUAAGGACACUGGAAGCGGAGAACCAGAGGAAGAGACGGGAGGUGAGUGAGCUGCAGGCCCAAGCCUCCAGGGACGCAGAGCAGCGGCGACGGAAGAACCUGCAGCAGGCACUGGAGCUGCAGAGGCAGGUAGCUGAGUCCCAGGCUGCCUGCGACGGUGCCCAGAAGGAGGUUCUAGGGUUACAGCAGAGGUUGGCUGGAGUCGAGGCAGCCAGGGAGGCCCAGGCAAAGCAGCUGGAGGGGCAGCUCUGUGAGAGCCAGAGGGCCGAGCAGACCCUGCGGGCCGAGGUGCGCAGGCUCACCAGGAAGCUACAGCAGGCCAGCAGCCAGGCCGACAGCCUGCAGGCCAGCCUGGACCAUGCCCGUAGCCGAGAGCGCAUCCUGGAGCAGGAGCUGGCCCAGGCUGAGGGUGCCAGGCGCAAGGCGGAGGCCCAGCUGGCUCGGCUCUGCUCCACACUCCGCAGUGGCCUAGGGCUCCGGAGUCAGAGCCACUUGGCCUCUCCAGAGAGGUCCCGUUCUCCCACAACAGGCAGCUCCCAGACUCGCCCUGGACGGCAAAGGGCCAGCCCCACUACCCGAUCCUACUCUCCAUCCCGAUGGCCCUCACCUGUACCUGGAGACCCUGACUCACAGAUCAUAGAUGUGGCCUCUGUCAGGGAUGCCCUGAGGGACUUGGUGCAAAAGCUUCAGGAAACCCAGCAGGAGCGGGACAACUCUAGCAUCCAGGUGGCCAGUUUGAGCAGCCGGUUGAGCGAGGCAGAGAGUGAGCGCAAUCACCUACAGAGCCGCGUAGAGCAGCUACAGAGGGACCUAGCCGAUGCAGAGGAAGGCCAGCGCAGGGCAGAGGGUGCCCUGCACAGUGCCCAGGCAGCUCAGGCCCUGCAGAAGGAGGCACUCCAGAGGCUGGAAGCGGAGCACCUGGCAAGCACUCGAGCUGCGAGCCAGGAGAGGCGGAGGAUGCAGGAGCAAGUGGACACCCUGCGCCAGGCCCUGGAAGAGAGCAGCAGGCACAGCCAGAGCCUUACAGAGAAGGGGAGGCAGCUGGGACCACUGCAGCAGGUGCUUCUGCGGAGUCACAGGGAGCAGGGAGCGGCGGCGACCCAGCGGGCCGAGAGGCGAACCCUGCGGGAGCAAACAACUUCACUGCGCACCGAGCGGGCCCGCCUGCAGGGGGAGCUCGCGGCGCUGCGCACGCGCCUCAUACAGGCGGAGCGGGAGACCCUGAAGAAGGAGGAGGACACAGCGAUGCUGGGGGCCAAGAAGAAGCUGCUGCUGCAGUCUCUGAGCAGUCUACACCAGGAAGUAGACGGGGCCCUUCGGCAGAGUCAGCAGCUGCAGGCCCAGAUGGCGGAGUUGGAACAGGCCCACACCCAGCGGCUCCAAGAGCUGGCUGCCCAGCACCAGCGGGACCUGGCAGCUGAGGCCAAGAGGCUCCACGAGGCCCAGCUGCAGGCCACACAGGCUCUGGAGUCCCGUGAGCAGAUACACCAGCAGAGGGUGAAGGUCCUGGAAAGACAGGUGGCUAGCCUGAAGAAACAGCUGGACCAGGAAGUGUGGCGGCGGCAGUGACAGGCCCACAGUGACUAGACGACAUUCUGAGCUAAGCAAGGACCACAGUUCCUUCCCUGCACCCCUGGGCUGGGUGGUCUGCACCCACCAACCAGGACAGCGGGCUCUGGGGUGGAUGUUUGGGGGAACUGGUGCUAUGCACACUAUAUACUAGAGGGGCCAAGUUCAACAAACAUUGGUGUGUUGUGAGAAGCUGCAUGGAUAGGCAGCCACCAACCAAAGCACACUACACUACCAGCGCCUCCCCAGACUGCAGAAACCUGCCUAUGGGGACCUCAGCCUCCCGCUGAGCUGGGCCACAUUGUUGGUCACUGCUCUUUUAAAUUCCUCCCUGCUGCAAGGAGCAGGGGUGUUGAUCACCCCUCAGCCCAUACCGGGCCUGGGGCUCCAUUUCCAAACUGGACCUGCUGCUUGGGCCAGGCACCGGUGGCUGGGCCCUGUCAGACCAGCUCCCUUGCCAUGGGCUGCAUCCCAUGCCCUCAGCUCUGGAAACACAGGGGAACACAUGGAAAACAUUUCCACCAGCAAGAGCCAAAAACACAAUGUCCUGCAAGGCCAGCCACCACACCCCACAUCCAGAGGCCACAGAAUCUUCCACAUCCAGGAACUGCAGUCCCGGCUCGGUGGCAGGUGGCUGGAAAUGACUCAGAUGCAAGUCCCCUUGAUUUGCUGGCCACAGGGGCAUUGGAGAUAUGAAGCUCUUCCAGCAUCUCCCAUUUCUACACCAAAAAAUGCUGGAAAACGCCAAUGGAGAACCCUGUUCUGGUUGCUAUGGAGACCAAGGCCAUCAUCUUAGCAGAACCUGCUCCUGCCUCACCUGUUGGCAUCUGUAUACACCUCUCCUAUUUAGCACCAGCCAGAAUGACUUAUCUUCCCCUCCAACCAGUCUCUUUGGCAUUGUAAAUAGCACUUUCCAGUGCCUCUAGGCUACCAGCCAGCCUGGUAAAUGCUUGCCUGCACCACAGGGUGCAGGUUGGCCCACAGCUUGUACUUCUGCCAGGACCUCCUGAAGCAUCUUCGAGGACCCUGGCAUGGGGCAGGAAAGGCCAGAGGCUCCUGGAGCCCAUCCAGUCACAGUCAUGUAGCUGUGGCCAAGACAUGUGACAGCCUGUCAGUUCACUUCAAGAUCACCAGGGACUUUAAAAUCAGCCAUCCUGGAGUCAGACCUUUGGUUGAACCUAGUAACCAGAUCCUGCACAAUCAAGGUGGACUGAUAGGCUCGAUCACUGGUGACAGUGUUAAGAGGGAUCCUGAAGUUCAGCCCAGGCUCUGAAAGAGCACGGAGACCCAUUGGCAAUGGCUUCCCUGGACAAAGGAUAGUGGCAGUGGUACAGGUACUGUGAUAUGUGCCCACCUACAGUUUCCAGGUACCAGCCAACACUGAGCCUAGUGGAGGAGAGUGGAUGGCCUGUUCCACCAAGGACUGAGAAACUGGGACUUGGCCCUCACCUCCCUCCUUCCCUGGUCUGCAGUUCCCUUGUGGUAGGAUUGAACUCCCUGCUCAAGGACCCCAGAGUGGCACAGAAGCUGGAGAUUUCCACAGGAAGCCAGGGAGUUCCUCCACUGCUCAUCACAGGAGCCCACGUGUAGCGUGGCUCUUCCUGUCCUUGCAGAGCUCACUGGUGUCCCGGGGACACCGAUGGGAUUGAAGCUGCCAGCUGAGCGGGUAUCCUGGAAAUGUACCUGGAAGCGGAGGACACAGUUCAGCAGGGAGAGGCCUGGAUACUUCUCAGGACCAAAGUGAAAGACACUGUGAUCUGGCCAAGCUGCUCCCUGGUGAUCCGGGGCCUUUACACUGACUGCUCAGGAGAGCAGAGUACAGUGAGGCCAUCUGAGAGUGCCAUGCUUUGAGUAUUUAAAUCACUGCAGGGGAUAUUGUUCUUACUUAUUCAACAUAAAGGAAUGUGUUUGGGAAAAGAGAUGUUUUCUAAAGAAUAUAUUGCAUUUCUCUAAA